CGUACAUGUGCAGCCAACUUCACGUCUUUUCUCUUUCUUGUCGUCUUCGUUGUCAAAAUGGCAAACCGCGGUGGUCGUCAUGCUCGUACCGAGGAUUCGGAUAAUACCAUCAAUUAUGUACAAUGCGACGGUUUGGCCGUCAUGAAGAUGGUGAAGCACUGCCAUGAGGAAUCUAGCAACAUGGACUUGGCCCAGGGCGCCCUGCUCGGCCUGGUCGUUGACAAGUGCCUGGAGAUUACCAACUGCUUCCCAUUCCCCAAGAGCGGAGACGAGAACAUGGACGAGGAGAUGUACCAGCUUACGGUGAUGCGUCGUCUGCGUCGCGUCAAUGUCGAUCACUUGCAUGUGGGCUGGUAUCAGAGCUCCGAUGUGGGCAACAGCCUGUCGAUGGCACUGCUGGAAUCCCAAUAUCACUAUCAGACCAGCAUCGAGGAGUCUGUGGUCGUUGUCUACGACACCCAGAAAUCAUCUCGUGGCUUCUUGUGCCUAAAGGCCUAUCGCCUCACACCGCAGGCCAUACAGAUGUACAAGGAUGGCGACUUUACGCCUGAGGCAUUCCGCACCUUGAAAGUGGGCUAUGAGAGUCUUUUUGCCGAGAUUCCCAUUGUCAUCAAGAACUCACCGCUCACGAACAUUAUGAUGAGCGAACUGAACGAACUGUUGCCCGAGGAUAAGGGUCACAACUUCCUGGAUUUGGGUACUGCAUCCGUGUUGGAGAAUCAUAUGCGUAGCCUCAUUGAACGUGUGGAUGAACUCUACCAGGAAGCCGUGCGCUACAAUAAGUAUCAGCAGGUGGUUUUCAAGCAGGACACGGAAAAACACCGUGCUCUGGCCAAGUUGGCCGCGGAGAAUGCUGUGCGCACCUCGAAGGGCGAGCCAACGGUGCCCGAAGAGGAGGUCAUCAAGCAGUUCCGUCCCAUGCCGGUGCCGGCCAGGUUAACGGCCACCAUUACUUCGGGUCAAAUCAAUACGCAUGCCCAGCAUAUUGCACAAUUCUGUUCGCAAUCGCUGGCUAAACUUUUCAUUACGGAAUCACUGCAGAACGCCAAGGAAACUAAGGAGAUCAAGUAAUUUAGUUGUAUGUUAAAGAAACCAAUUGAGUAACAAAUAAAGUAACCCCAACUUUGUAGCUGUGUGUAAACUGCACACAAUGUACCACACAGCUGAACGAAA